AUGGGCGAGAAACCCUGCACCCUCCUUGUGCACUUCGACGAGGGCUCCCCCGACGUGGUAGAGAAGGUCAUGGUCGACCUCCAGGGCAGCGACGUCGCUGCCAAGAUCGCCGCCAUGAAGCUCGCCAUCAUGCUCCUCCUCAACGGCACCACGCUCCCGGCCCUCUUACGCACGCUCACCCUCUACGUCCUCCCCCGCAGGGAGCCGAUCUUUGAGAAGCUCUUCUUCCUCUACCUCGAGAUCAUCGACAAGCGGGACGCUGCCGCUGGCGAGGUCUGCCCGGAUAUCGUGCUCUUCGUGAAGUACUUCCGCUACAACCUGGAAAAGCGCAACGAGUACGUCCGCGCCAUCACGCUGCGGCUGCUCUGCCGCUUCCGUGAGCCCGAGCUGCUCCACCCGCUUCUGCCUUGCAUCAUCGCCAACCUCGAGCACGAGCAGGGUUUUGUCCGCCGCCAUGCUCUAUCCGCAGUCUUAGCAGUAUACCACCUGCCUCGCGGUCACAUGCCCCUCCCAUACGCCGACAUGUGCAACCUCGUGCUGCGUGCUGUCGCGUUCGAUCAGGAUGCUGAUGUCAGGAGGACCGCUUUCGUCUUCCUAUGCGACUGCGCACAGGACCUCGCCGUCAGUUACCUGCUUGACAACGCCCCCCACGUCGCUAAGUGGCCUGACCCGCUCCAGAUGGCUGCCCUCGACCUCAUUUGCAACAAGGUAUGCCGCUCUUUGGACCACUCUGGUGAGGGUGGGUACAUGAAGAUCAUCUUCUCCAUCCUGUCCAAUUGCAGAACUGCUGCUGUCCAAUACAAGUGCGCCGGCACACUCUUGUCCCUGUCCUCCCGGCCGAUCUCUGUAGUCCAAGUCGCUGCCAAGACGUACUGCAAGCUGCUCACUUCCCAGAGUGAUAACAACGUGAAGCUCGUUAUCCUGGACCGCCUCAAUGAGCUCUGCACCUCACACCGUCAUGUGAUGGUCAAUUUUGUCAUGGACGUGCUUCACUCACUCGCGAUCCCCAAUGUGGAUAUCAGAAGGAAGGUGCUCGAUGUGGUGCUUGGUUUGCUCGCUGCACGAAAUGUGCAGGAGGUGGUGCUAUAUCUCAAGAAGGAGGUUGUUAAGAUGCAGGGAAUUGAGCUUGAGGAAGCCGGCGAGUACCAUCAGAUGCUGGUGCAGGCAAUCCAUGCCUGUGCUGUGGAGCACCCUCAAGUGGCCGGAUCGGUGGUGCAGCUCCUUGUGGACUUCCUUGGUGAAAGUAACGGUGCCAUAGCGUGUGAUGUCGUUCUUUUUGUGCGUGAGAUCAUGGAGACCAACCCCAUGCUGCGUGAGUCCAUGAUACAGAGGUUGUUUUCUGCAUUCGGUCAGAUCCAAGAAUCCUUUGUCUGUUCACGUGCUCUCUGGAUGCUUGCGGAGUACUCGUUUUCGGUAUAUGAGGUUGAGAGUGCCAUAUCUACCAUAAAGCAGAGCAUUGGAGAUCUGUCAUUCUACUCUGUAUCUGACGAAAGGGAGUCGACCGAUACAUCGAAGCCAGCCCAUCCAAUGAUGAAUUCAUGUACUGCGUGUUCUAAAAGAUCUACCGUUCUUGCAGAUGACGCCUAUGCCACACAUAUUUUUGCCGCAAAUGCUGCCAUUUCUGCUCCAAUUGCUCAUGGGUUGCUGGCUUCCAAAAAGUAUCUCAGAUCUCUCGUGGUGUCAGGUGAUUUUCACUUGGCUGCCGUUGUUGCAUGUACACUUACCAAGCUUGUGCUGAGGCUGGAAGAGGUUCAGCCUUCUAAGGUUGAAGUAAAUAAGGCAUCUACAGAGUCCUUGUUGAUCAUGGUGUCCUUUCUGCAGCUGGGCCAGUCCUUUUGCGCUCGCCACCCUGUUGACCGGGACUGGUAUAAUAGGAUUGUGAUCUGUGUGAAGUUGCUUUGUAAUUCUAGUGUUGAUGUAAAGAAGGUUUGGUUGCUGUCAUUCCGUCAGAGCUUUGCAGAGAUGCUUGCUGAGAAGAUGAAGAUCAAGGCACCGAUUUCCCAUGCGCAACCUGAUGACCCCAUUGAUUUCUACCACCUGAAGAGGAGGGCAUUGAACCAACGUGAGUUGGAUGAUGAUUAUCGAGAUUAUUUAAAAUCUAUAACUGUUGAUGUUAUGACGGGUGCAGAUGAUGCAAAUAGACUGAAACGCCUUGUUCAGCUGACGGGGUUCAGUGAUCCUGUCUAUGCUGAAGCAUAUGUUAUGGUUAAUCAAUACUAUUACAAUGCAGUAGUUGAUGUUACAGUCAUAAACCGAACAAACGAAGCACUUCAGAACUUGUGCUUGGAGUUUGUAACAGAGGGUAAAAAUGUGAUAAUUACUGACCGCUCUGAGAACUACACCUUGGCUCCUCAGGAAAGCAAGCAAAUUCAGGUUAACAUCGAGAUUACUACAGCGAACAGUGCAGUCAUACUUGGUCAUAUCUUUUAUGAAACUACUGAUGGAAAGGAGCAUUCAGAGGUCCUAAAAGUUAUUUUAAUUAACAUCCUGGAUUACAUGUCGCCUGCUACAUGCACUGAUAUUGCUUUUCGGAAUAUGUGGAUAGAGUCUCUGUUUCAAUAUAAGUUGAAGGUUAACACGGUGCUUCAUGAUGAGAGGGAAUUCCUGAACCAUAUAAUCAAGUCAACAAACAUGACAUGUCUAACACCACUGUGGGCACUUGAUGGAGACUGCGGACUUAUAGCCGCCAAUCUUUACGCCAAGAGUGUGUUUGGCGAAGAUGUUCUGAUGAACAUCUGUGUUGAGAAGCAGGCCGAUGGUGAACUCAGUGGCUGCAUCAGUAUUAAGGGCAAUGUCGAAGGAAUGGUGCUCAAUUUAGGUGAAACUCUGUCACAAGUAAUACGGCCACUCAUAUAA